AUGGUUCACCGUCCUGAUGACUCGAAAUAUGCCCUGUUCUUUACAUGCGUCCUGAGUCACCUCCCCAUGGUGGCCGUUGUGGCCUUUCUCGUGCGACGCAAUUUGCGCUUUGAAGGAGUGGUUGGGGCAUACUCCGUUACGGUUUCGUUUAUGUACCACAUGUGCGAGUGCUUUGAGACGAGCCUUUUCAUGUCCGAAGGGCGCUGGCACCGACUGGACAACAUUGGUGCCAUCGUCUCCGUCGGGUGCUCCUGCCUCCAACUAACCUGCUUCGAAAACCGAAUCGUUCUGGAGUACUUGCAGUACAUCGUCGUGUUCAUUAUCAUUAUAUUGCAGGAGGCCGCUCCUUGGGAUGUCCGCUACACUAUUGGGCCCGUAGCCAUAUGCAUUGCUGUACCAAUUGUGUCUCACCUCCUUAAUCCCCGCCGCCGCCAAGGGUUUGUCCUACCGCGCGUCCUCAAUGGUCUUGUGGCGCUAGCUCUCGGUGGCAUAUUUUUUGUCAUGGGACUCGAUGAAUUGAACGACCCCGUCCGGAUAUACCACGGACUCUUUCACGUUUGCAUGACGAUGACGAUUUUCUUUUUCUUUUCCGCCAUGCACCCUUCAUUGGAACGGAAGCGGAAAUCGUUGUACUUGGCAAGCUGCGAUGACGCGGUUGCCGUCAUGGUGAACCUUUGA